AUGAGUGCUUCCGACGACAACAAACAAGUUGCAGUCGCAACUAAACCCAUCAAGGAGGUAGCAGUGAGGGUACAAUUGAAUGGUGAAAACUAUUCAGAAUGGGCCACCGAGCUGGAAAAAGCUCUUCGUGCAAAGCAUAAGACGUGUUUCAUUGACAGAAGUUUACCAACUCCAUCAACCACAUCUGCAGACUACGAUCAAUGGAAAACAGUGAACUCCAUGAUAGUAGGAUGGAUUCGUUCCUCAAUCUCUCCAAAGAUCUGCUCUACGGUGACGUUCACACCUGAAGCACACAAGUUGUGGGUCGAUCUAAAGAAGAAAUUUGCGGUUGGAAAUUCUGUUUGUGUGUAUCAGUUGAAAGCGGAGCUUGCCGCUUGCAGACAAGAAGGUCUUUUAGUUUUGGACUACUAUGGAAAGCUUUCUUCCAAGUGGGAAGAAAUUAACAACUACAAACCAAUACACCAUUGUUCGUGUGGGGGGACAGCGCCGUAUGUCAAGGAGAAAGAAGAAGAACAGGUGUACCAGUUCUUGAUGGGCUUGGAUGAGUCUCGUUUUGGCAACAUUUGCACAACCAUCAUCGGCACUGAUCCUCUACCCGAUGUGAAUGAAGUCUAUCAGAAGAUCGUUCGAGAAGAGCGAAGGUUAAACUCAUUAAGGAAUGAGCACAAAUCUGAUGAUGUGGGUUUUGCUACACGAUCAGAGACUCAUUCCGAGUCUACAUCAUUAUUUGUACCACUGGCAGCAACAACAGGGGCUCGUGAGCGUGUGCGGACGUGUUCACAUUGCGGAAGAAGGGGUCAUGAGAAAAGAACGUGCUGGCAAAUAUUUGGGUUCCCGAAGUGGUGGUCGGAGAGAUACCAAGGGACUCCACAAAGAGGCAGAGGAAGAGGAAGCAGACGAGGGUCGUUGUCAGACAGAGGAAGAGGAACUCCACAUUUCCGCUCUAACGCUGCUCAAGUCAAUGUCACAACAACGUCACCGCUCCCAAGUUUUACACCUGAUCAGAUGGAGUCUCUACAACAUAUGCUGGAGCAACAAAAGAGCUCUCCAAUCCCUGAACGUUUGCAAGGUAAGAAUAAAACAGGUGAUGUUAUACUCGAUACCGAAGCAUCACACCAUAUGACUGGCGAUGCGAGUUGGCUUCUUAGUUUGACGGAUAUGGUGUCUUGUCCAAUUAAUUUUGCGGAUGGUAGUCAAGUACUUGCUCGACAGUAUGGUGUGUUGCCACUGUCAAAGAAGAUCUCGCUUGAAAACGACCGGUUUAAGAGGACGCUGAUUGGCGCAGCUUGGAAAACAAGUGAAGACAAUGGAACAGAGUUUAUGUGCUUGACAAAGUUCUUUGCGGAACAAGGGAUCGUCCAUCAGACAUCCUGUGUAGGGACUCCACAACAAAACGGUCGUGUUGAGAGGAACCAUAGGCGCGUACUCAAUGUAGCUUGUUCGUUCUUGUUCCAAGCACACUUGACCAUUAAGUAUUGGGGAGAAUGUGUCCUAGCCGGCACUCACGUUAUCAACCGGACUCCAACUACGAUACUACAUGGGAUAAGGAUAAGUUUGGAACUCGAAGCAGAAAGUGUGUAUUUUUCGGAUAUCCAUUUUUGGGAAAAAGGAUGGAUGGUUUACGAUCUAGAAACAAAUGAGUAUUUUGUUUCAAAGGAUGUAGUGUUUUAUGAAGACAAUUUUACGCUUGAGAAGAUUCAUUCACCUUCUUCUCAAUUCAUGGCUGAUCUCGUUCCAUUGCCAAAUGAGGAUGUCUUUCGUGAUGAUGACGUACAACAACAGUGUGAAGAAGAUGAGAAUCCAGUGUUCGAUGUGGAGCCAUUAAUCUUGUCAUCACCAACCAAUGUCGAAACAAAGGAGGUCGAAGCUGGAAGUGUCAAAACAGAGGAGACUGCUGAAACUGUCAAAACAGAGGCGGUUGCAGCUGUAGAACAACUUGGCAAGGGUUGCAAGAACAAGAUUCCUUCUGUUAAACUUCACGGCUAUGAAACUUAUAAUGCACGUGUACUUCCUGAUAAACAUCCAUUUCACGUUCCUCAACCUGACCAGCCAGCUUCCUCUUCGGUUCAAGAUGCUAAAUGGAGAGAAGCUAUGGCUAAGGAAAUAAAAGCUUUGGAAGACAAUGACACUUGGAGUUUAGAAAUGUUGUCAGCCGGUAAGAAAGCACUUGGUAGCAAAUGGAUAUAUAAACUGAAGUUUAACGUUGAUGGGUCGUUAGAGCGUUACAAAGCAAGUCUGGUAGUUCUUGGGAAUCAUCAAGUCGAGGGGGAGGACUUCAAAGACACUUUUGCACCAGUUGUUAAGAUGACAACAGUUCGUGCUCUUUUUGAGGUGACUGCAAAUAGAGCACCUCAAAUGGACGUUCAUAACGCAUUUUUACACGGUGAUCUAGACAAAGACGUCUAUGUGAAGCUCCCACCGGGUUUUCUAACGUCUCAUCCAACAAAAGUCUGCAAGUUGAAGAAGUCGUUGUAUGGCCUUAAACAAGCACCCGUUGUUGUCGUGUGUGGAAGUGAUCCUGCAUUGCUUGAAAGAUUCAAAGAUUACUUGAGCAAGUGUUUUAGUAUGAAGAAUUUGGGCCCGCUUAAGUAUUUCCUAGGGAUUGAGGUUGCUAGAGGACUAGAUGGGUUCUUCCUUUCACAAAGAAAAUAUGCACUUGAUAUUAUAGCUGAGGCAGGAUUGCUUGGUGAUCAUCCUCUGUCAUUGCCAAUGGAACAAAAUCACAUAUUGCUAGGUGACAACAUACCAAAAUUUGCUGAUCCUGCAAUGUAUAGAUGA